AUGGAUCUCGACGAUCUUCAGAUAGAUAACGCCUACAACCUCGGCGGGUCCGACGACGAGCGAGAGCGCAAUGAGAAUGCCGCUAUUCUGGAGGAUCUGGAGCGCAAGAAGCGGCUCAGAAAGAUUGCUGUGCCGACGGAUGACAAGAAGGUCCGGGAAAGGCUCAGGGCGUAUGGCGAGCCCAUCACGCUGUUCGGGGAGGGGCCUGGAGAUAGACGAGAUCGUUUGAAGUAUGUGCAGGAGCAAAUACAGCACGCGAAAGGAGGAGACGCUAUGCUCGAGGCGGAUAGUUCGAGUGAUGAGUCUGAGGAUGAGGGCGAGUUCUACACGGAAGGCUCAGAUGAUCUGCUGCGCGCACGGAAGAAGCUGGCUCGAUACUCCUUGUCAAGAGCAAAAGCACGGAUAGCGAAACAGCGGAUAGAAGUCGGGCUCCCUCUGGUGAAGAUUGUUAAUGCUCGGAAAGCGCUGUACACGGAAAUGAAGACAUUCAACAACCUAGGCUCGCAAUUCGGCGAUGACAGACCCCUCUCCACCAUCCGAUUCUCCCCAAACUCCAAACUCGCCCUUACGACCUCAUGGACCGGUACUACAAAAGUAUGGGACCUCCCCAAUCUCAACAUCGUCUCGACCAAGCGCGGACACUCGGAAAGAAUAGGCGGAGCGGCUUGGCACCCAUCCGCCACUCUGAGCCAAUCAGAGAGUGUCGUCAACUUUGCCACUGGCGGUGGCGAGGGGGAUGUCAAGCUCUGGUCGAUGAGCGGGGAGAAGCCAUUGGCUUCGAUGUCGGGACAUAGCGGGCGUGUCGGGCGAGUGGCGUUCCAUCCUUCGGGAUCGUUCGUCGGGUCGGCGGGCUUCGAUGGGACCUGGAGAUUAUGGGAUGUGGGGACGAGUAAGGAGCUGUUGACACAGGAGGGGCACAGCAAGGAGGUUUAUGCGUUGGCAUUCCAGGAUGAUGGCGCUCUGGCUGCUUCAGGUGGCUUUGACGCAAUAGGCAGGGUAUGGGAUCUGCGCACAGGCAGGACAGCCAUGGUACUGGACGGGCACGUGAAGGAGAUUUUAGCGAUGGACUUUGCUCCAAAUGGGUAUCAAGUCGCCACCGGCUCCGGAGACAAUACCGUCCGGAUAUGGGACCUCCGCGCCCUUCGUACCCAAUACACCAUCCCCGCACACAGCUCCUCCGUGUCCGAUCUCAAAUUCUUCCGCGCAACCGCCGAGAACCCCCUCAGCUCGCUCGACUCCCCAUUAGGCAACCAGCCCAUCAAUGGUCACAAUGAGGCGGCCGACGCCGACGUCGAAAUGAACGGUGACAAGCCAGACCCAGCGGACGAUCUCGCCAAGUCGGGAUUAUUCCUGGUCACAGCGGGCUUUGACUGUAAUGUGCGGAUAUGGAGCGCGGACGAGUGGACGAUGAUCAAAAACUUGCCGACGGAUGCGGGCAAGGUGAUGAGUGCAGAUAUCAGCGGAGAUGGGAAGUUUAUAGGGAGCGCGAGUUAUAGUAGAAGUUUCCACCUGUUCGGUGGGGACAACUCGUUAUGA